UGGGUUUCAUUUAGUUAGCUUAAUGGAAACAGUCCAUUUUGGGAGGGAGGAGGAUAUAGCUUAAGUGCUAGCAUAAAUAAAGAGAUGAGCAGAGGAUAGUGGUCAGUGGGUCCUUUUUUAUGAACUGGGAAAAAGCAAAAGAGAAGCAGCUUCGUGAGGAAAUGGAAAGAGAGAUGAAGGAAAAGGACAGACAAUUGCAAGAGCUCCUUACACGGCAUGCUGAGAUGGAACAGAGGCUGGCAGAAUUAAAUUUUUCUGAAGUCGAGACCAAGCAAGAGAAUGAGAAAUUACUAAAGGAGAGAGAAAUGUUGCAAGAAAUGUUAGAUAACUCCCAACGUUCCCUGGAAGAGUCAAAAACAUACAUAGGACAGCUGAGACAACAGACAAAACAAGAGAGGAGGGAGAGGGCAAUGUAAGUAGACUAAUAUUGU